AUGCUUCUUUCAUUCCGCAAUCUUCUUGUUAUAUUUUUUACCCCGAGUCUUGUUUAUAUAUUUGGCGAUGAUCUCGACAAGUACCGGAACGAACGUUGUUUGGUCAUUGUCAAUCACCAAUCGACUGCCGACGUUCCCCUUUUGGUAACGUUGUUCAGCGUUAAGCGGCCCGGUGUUUCGAGCACCCUCUGGAUCUUGGAUUCAAUGUUCAAAUGGACCAAUUUUGGAUUGAUUAGCCAAAUUCAUGGAGAUUUUUUUAUCAGAGAGAGCACAAACGAUGGACGAUACUCCACGGACCAACUACGCAAACACCUCGAAAACAAGUACUGGUCACGCGACCGUCGUUGGAUCGUUCUUUUUCCUGAAGGAGGGUUUCUGUACAAGCGAAGGACGAAGAGUCAGUUGUUCGCUCUGAAAAACAACUACCCAGUAUUAGAGAAUGUGACGCUACCGCGCAUUGGAGCCGCUAAGGCUAUAUUGGACGUUUGUGCGAAGCAGUCCAAACGAAGAGAAUUCAGUAACGAUCAUGUGCUGAAUGCCCUGUUUCUUAAAGAUAUCUGUGUUCCGCACCUCUUGUUUCGCUCUGAUCCUAGGCCACCGUUAACGUACCUGAUCGAUCUGACUCUAGGCUACAGCGCUGGAAUGCCUCUCAGCUUGUUCAACAUCAUUUCUUGCUCCCAGCGCCACUCUCGAAUCGAGCUUCACUGCCGCGUUCAUCCAAUCAGUGAAAUCCAGUUUGAGCAGGAUGCUGACCUAUUACAUUACAUGUACGAUCGAUGGGUGCAGAAAGAGGAGCUGCUGACGCAGUUCUACGAGAAAGGCAGCUUCGCUGAGGUGUCGCACGAAGCUGGCACGGAACUCAAGAUUAACGUGUUCGACGUCGUCCUGUCUCAGCUGGUGAUAUUCACUGUCCCGAUGAUUUAUUUCCUGAUUCUUAAGCAUCUCUACAUCACUGUGCAAAAGGUUUUGCUUUUUUGA